AUGCCUCUCACAAAAUCCGCGGUUGCGAUCCUCUGCGCAGCUGGAAGUCUCGCAGCUCCAUGCCCUCAAUCUCAGUCACAAUCACAAUCCCGGGCCAGCAGUAGUUCUGAGCCCUCUGAAUUCACCGCCAACCCCUCCAUCGGCGGCGGCGGUAGCACCUAUACCGACUCUCCGCGAUUUCGUGUCUAUGGCGCCACCGAAACACAAGCAGACACUACUCUCCAAAUGCUCGAGGGUGCCUACACUUGCUUUGUCACUAACCUAGGCUGGAGGUCACACGGACUUUCCUACAACACCAAUAGCGAUACUAGUGAUGUUUGGUACAAGGAGAACGUCUACGCCGUGUCAUCGCUCGACGGCGGCGCAGCAGGCGUCAUGCAUUCUGAUUACUCCGCUGGCCUGAGCUGGGUGAACGUGGUUACUACAUACCUGACCGACCCGUCCGUCACAGUGCACGAGUACGGCCAUGCUCUAACAUACCACGCACGAAACUGGGUCGACCAAACUGCCACCGGCGCCUGGUGGGAGACUGUCGCCAACUGGUUUGCGGACACAUACAUCACCUCGGAUCUAUGCGCCAGUGCGCGAGAGAGCUACGGUCAAACUUCGGGCAACUCGGUUAUUGACCUGCAAAAGGUGAUUGGUGACUCGUUCCAGGUUAUUGUUGAUGGUUCCGUUGGGUCAGGCAACUACUACCAGGCCUGGCCGGUGCUCACGUAUCUCACCAAUAAUCCGGACAAUUAUACCGGGCUGGGCCGGGAUACCAUGUGGAACCUCUUCGAGCAGUAUGAGAUUGGCAGCAACGAGACGCCGCUGCACACUCUUGCGCGCUUGGUCUCCUCUACUUCUGUCGGCUCGGUGAUUGGACGCUACUGGGCGCGCAUGGCUUACGUCGAUAUCGGCCACGAAGUUGCUCACCAAGCCUUCCUCGACCAGCGAAACUGGCUCAGCUACGAGAACCUCGACUCGAACGGUGACCGCUACACCGUCAAGUCUGACCGUCAACCCCUCUACAUGGGUGCGAACAUCAACCCGCUCCAGAUCUCUCAGCCUGGUGAGGUCAGCGUGACCGUUCAGGCGAGUCUAGACUUUACCGCUACGCUGGCCGUACGUAGCUCUUCUGGAUCUGUUCGAUACGUCGACUUGGUUGACGGGUCUGGCUCGGUUACUAUGGAUGAUGGUGACGAGGCCAGCCUUGUUGUCGCGAACACGCCAUCAACUGUCAUUCAGUAUGACCCAUUCUCCUUGACAGCUGAAGUCCAAGCUGGCUUGAACUACUCUGUCCAGGUUACGGGUGCUAAAUUCUAG